UUAUUAAUAUGUCUGGAUAGAUUCAUUCCAUUAUUAUGUAAAAUCCGAAAGCCCACCUGUCAUUCUAUCAGAUGAACACGUUCCCCAGAAACUCCAUGAUUACUGACAAUAUCUUCGAUCCACUCUUAGGAACUCUUGUAUUCGUGAAGAAGGCGAGUCUUUCUUAAGAUUGAGUUCAUUUUAAGAUCGUGAAUUGCUGACAGUAAUCCAAAAUGUAGAAUUACACGGAUGGCCAUGACAAGAAGAGCAGUUGUUGUUUGAAGGAGUUACACAGCUGAAAUCCGCAAGGCUGGAUUAAUGAAGAAAGUUUAAGUUUCAGCCCAUAUUUGAUUAUCUUACCCAUGUGACAAUCCAACCCUGUAAAAUCUAAGAGAAGAAGAUUAUACAACAAACAAUGGCAGAAACACAAUUUCAAAGGUUAAAUCCUAACAUCAACGGAUCUUUUGGUCUUCCUGGCCUUAAGAAGAGGGGACAUGGUAUUGGAAGUCGGUCAUGGAUAAAGAUUGAUCAGAAUGGGAAUUCAAAGACUAUGGAAUUGGAUAAGGCCACUGUGAUGCGACAUUGUUCUUUGCCCGCUAGAGAUCUACGCCUUUUGGACCCUAUGUUUAUUUAUCCUUCAACAAUAUUAGGACGGGAGCAAGCCAUUGUUGUUAAUCUUGAGCAGAUUAGAUGUGUCAUCAGAGCUGAUGAGGUUAUAUUGAUGAAUUCUCUUGAUGGAAGUGUGCUCCACUACAAGUCAGAGUUGUGCAAACGUCUUCAAACAAAUAAAGACCAAUCUGAUGAUCUUCCAUUUGAAUUCAAGGCGUUGGAGCUUGCUUUGGAACUGACAUGCAUGUCUCUUGAUGCUCAGGUGAAAGAAUUAGAAAUCGAGGUCUACCCGGUGCUUGACGAACUUGCAUCAUCUAUAAGCACUCAUAAUUUGGAACGUGUCCGUAGAUUGAAAGGCCAACUCCUUGCCUUAACACAACGUGUCCAAAAGGUUUGUGAUGAAAUAGAACACCUAAUGGAUGAUGAUGGUGACAUGGCUGAGAUGUAUCUAACCGAGAAGAAAGAGAGAAGAGAGGGUCUCCUAACUAGCAGUGAACAACAACAGCAACAUGAUUGCACAACGCCUGGUGGGAAUAACAGAUUACUGUCCAAAUCUGCACCAGUCUCACCGGUGGGAUUGAACAGUGGGAGUGGGGCCCACAGAUUAAAGCGCGCUUUUAGCAGUAUCAGCUCUAGCAGACAUGGAAGCCUUAUGAGUUCAUCCAGCAGCAGAGAAAAUAUUGAUCAACUUGAAAUGCUUUUGGAAGCAUAUUUUGUUGUCAUUGACAAUACACUCAACACGUUAUUGUCGCUUAAAGAAUAUAUUGAUGACACAGAAGAUUUGAUAAACAUAAAACUGGGUACUGUCCAAAACCAGCUGAUACAAUAUGAGUUGCUAUUAUCAGCUGCUACUUUUGUGGCCACAAUAUUCGCUAUGGUGACAGCGGUAUUUGGGAUGAACUUUGAAGAUUCUAUUUUUAAUGAACCAUCAACGUUUAAUUGGGUUCUUAUUAUAACUGGAGCUUUUUGUGGGGCAUUAUAUUCUUUAUUCUUGAUCUAUUUUAGGCAGAAGAAAGUAUUGCCUUUGUAAAUUACUCUGUCGGCCCUUCAUUGGUUUUCCAAGGAUAUGUUGUUCUAAGGAUAGCUUUCCAACCUUCAUUGCUAGAGUCAAAGAAAGCUUACAUUUUUUUCUUCAUUUCAUAAUAUUCAACUUUGCUGUUGGAGAUAUUUUCGUAUAUAUGCGUUAUGCUACUACUAUUACCCCACCAAUCUUAAAACCCCACUUGGUGACUUGGGUAAAAAGAAUUAUUCUAAUGUUUCAGCCUUACUUUAUUUUAUAGACAGAAAUUGAUGAGAA